AUGGCCGCUGACAACUCCACCGGAGACCUCCACGCAGCUGGGCUGCAGCUGAACACAGCUGACAUCACCAUCAUAGCCGUGUACUUUGCCCUGAACAUGGUCGUGGGCAUAUGGUCCUCAUGCCAGGCCAGCAGGAACACAGUGAGCAGCUACUUUCUGGCAAGCCGGGAUAUGACGUGGUGGCCGAUCGGAGCCUCCCUCUUUGCCAGCAGUGAGGGGUCUGGCCUCUUCAUUGGACUGGCAGGCUCGGGUGCAGCUGGAGGCCUGGCUGUGGCAGGCUUCGAGUGGAACGCCACGUAUGUGCUGCUGGCCCUGGCAUGGGUAUUUGUGCCCAUCUACGUCUCCUCGGAGAUUGUUACCAUGCCUGAAUACAUCCAGAAGCGCUACGGAGGCCAGAGGAUAUGCAUGUACCUGUCCGUCCUGUCCCUGCUGCUGUCCAUCUUCACCAAGAUAUCGAUCGACCUGUACGCGGGGGCGCUCUUUGUGCACAUCUGCCUGGGCUGGAACUUCUACCUGUCCACCACCCUCAUGCUUGUCGUCACGGCCUUGUACACCAUCGCAGGGGGCCUGGCCGCAGUGAUCUACACAGAUGCCCUGCAAACGUUCACCAUGGUGGUGGGGGCUGUCAUCCUUGCGGUCAAAGCCUUCAACCAGAUCGGUGGUUAUGACCAGCUGGAGGCAGCCUAUGCCCAGGCCAUCCCAGCCAAGACCAUCAACAACACAACCUGCCACUUGCCACGCACAGAUGCCAUGCACAUGUUCCGAGACCCCUACACGGCGGACCUCCCGUGGACUGGGAUGACUUUCGGUCUGACCAUCAUGGCCACUUGGUACUGGUGCACUGACCAGGUCAUUGUGCAGCGGUCGCUGUCUGCCCGGGAUCUGAACCACGUGAAGGCCAGCUCCAUCCUCGCAAGCUACCUCAAGAUGCUCCCCAUGGGCUUGAUCGUCAUGCCUGGCAUGAUCAGCCGUGCACUGUACCCAGAUGACGUGGGCUGUGUGGUGCCCUCCGAGUGCCUUCGUGCUUGCGGGGCUGAGAUCGGCUGCUCCAACAUCGCCUACCCCAAGCUGAUCAUAGAACUGAUGCCCACAGGUCUGCGGGGGCUGAUGAUUGCAGUGAUGAUGGCUGCACUCAUGUCGUCACUGACCUCCAUCUUCAACAGCAGUAGCACACUCUUCACCAUGGAUAUCUGGCGGCAGCUGCGGCCCCGUGCUGGCGAGCAGGAGCUGUUGCUGGUGGGACGGCUGGUCAUCGUGGUGCUCAUCGGCGUGAGCGUGGCCUGGAUCCCCAUCCUGCAGGGCUCCAACAGCGGGCAGCUUUUCAUCUACAUGCAGUCAGUGACCAGCUCCCUCGCCCCCCCAGUGGCUGCAGUGUUUGUCCUGGGCAUCUUCUGGCGGCGUGCCAAUGAGCAGGGGGCCUUCUGGGGCCUGAUGGUGGGGCUGGCUGUGGGCGCCGGGCGUAUGGUCCUGGAGUUCCUGCACCCGGCUCCACCCUGCGGUGCCCCGGAUGUGCAGCCAGCCCUCCUCGGUAGCAUCCACUACCUGCACUUCGCUGUCGCCCUGUUUGUGCUCAGCAGCGCUGUGGUGGUGUCUGGGAGCCUGCUGACUCCAGCUCCCCAGGGAGCUCAGAUUGAGAACCUUACCUGGUGGACCCUGUCUCAAACCCUGCCCUUGGGAGGCAAAGCAGGUGACGGCCAAACGCCCCAGAAGCAAGCUUUCUGGGCCCGUGUCUGUGGCUUCAACGCCAUACUCCUCAUGUGUGUCAACAUCUUCUUCUACGCCUACUUUGCCUGACACCACCACCAGGGCAAGCAGGCUGGAGCCUAGCCCCCAGGGUUAGGGGCCCCAGAGUGUGCAGGGCCACUCCCUUCCCUAAUGAGGGACUGAGGCCCCUUGAGGCCACACAGUAGGCCA